GUGUUCAGGAUGAGGGUUGAGGAUAUGUGAUUACCCAACCUUACAGACUGAGGUCGAUUUGUUAAAAAGUCCAUAAUCCAGCUGCAUAUGGAUGUGCAGAUACCCAGGUCACUGAGCUGAGUGGUCAGUUUAUUAGGGACAACUGUAUUAAAAGCAGAGCUGAUGUCAAUGAACAACAUCUGAAUGUAUGUAUUGUUAUUAACGUCCUCUGUUGACCUAUUUGGGCGGUAGGCAAACUGAUGUGGGUCCAGUGUAGGUGGGAGACAUACUAUGACUUAGAAGUGGCUUCUCAAAGCACUUCAUAACAAUGGGAGUGAGUGCAACAGGGCGGAAAUCGUUCAGACACUCUGCAGAAGAAUGCUUGGGCACUGGGAUGAUGGUUGUAGUCUUCAGACAUGUUGGAACAGUGGCCUGGGCCAGUGACAGGUUGAAUAUGUCAGUGAAGACCUGCGCCAGUUGGUCAGCACAACUCUUGAGCACACGUCAGGGUAUGCCAUCAGGACCAACUGACUCACGUGGAUCUACUCUGCUCAGUGCUAAGUUUAUCUCUGUUGUGGAGAGUGAUGUGUUUGUGUGUAUGUGUGUGUGUGUGAGUGUGUGUGUGUGUGUCUAUGAAUGUGUGUGUGUGUGUGUGAAAGCUUUUAAACACAGAGUCGUGGCCAUGUUAAUUGUGUGUUUCCUAGUAACAAUACACACACACAGCAGUGAGGGGAUUAGUGCAGAUCUCGAGGAACAACAAACCUACAGCAAAGCGAGAGGGACAGAGAGAGAGGGAGACGAGGUCAUGGAGCUGACUCAGGGACGAGAGACAGACGAGCAGGAAGCCUUGAAGAAUCAGACCCUGAAGACCUUCAUGUCCGAUCUAAAGAAGGGAAGUCCGAGAGUCAGCACUAGCAGCGGCGCUCGCUUUGGCACGCUCAGCCAUCACUCGUUCUUCUCCAGACACAACCCUCACCCUCACAGAGUCAGACACAUAUCUGGUUUGAAUGGCAGUCCUGUGUGUAUAGUGAAUGAUGACUGGUACAGCUGCACUCCUCUGUUCCCACAUCCACUGAUCAGGAGUCAGGUGACCUCUGGGGCCACACCCACCUCCACCUCAGUCCUGUCUCACCCCACCCAUCCCCGAGCUGACAGAGCCAAGCCAGGUGCAGCUCUGAUUUCUGAAGCCUGGAGAGAGGAACUGAAGGACCUGGCAACCAAAGUCAGUCUCUCAGCUGCAGCUCCGAGUAAAAGAUCUGAACACGAGCCCAGUGAGGAGGAGCCGGUAUGCAGGAAGACUCAGUACUCAUCUGAAACGGGUCGCAUCAUUCCUCCAACAUCCUGGAGAACCAAACGCCGUGACUUCCACACUGCAAACACACGCCCAGGAACUCAUGGACCACAGACUGCACACCUACAACCAGGAGGCAUCAGUUUGGAGGGGCAGGAGCUCAGGGUGUUGGAGUUGCUGUGUCAGAUCCUCCAGACGGAUUCGCUCUCUCUGGUUCAGCAGUGGCUUCUUCUGGCUGGAGAUCGAGAGAAAGAGCUGGUUCUCGGGAUGCUCCAGCAGGCCAUGUGUGAUUCUCCAGCUCUCCUUCAGCAGCCUCAGUUUCCCAUGGCGACUCAACCCGAGCCUCCGCUUCAGACAUGCAGGAAACGCCGUAUGAGGAGUGUGUGUUCAGCUGGAGAGACGGAGAAAGAGACAGCAGGGAAAGAGAAACCAGAGAGGAUCGGAGAUGCUGAAGUCUUGCGAGUUGAACAGGGAGAGAAUGAAAACUUUGAAAAUUCUACAAGCCAACGAUAACACAGCUGCUAACACACAUACACACACACAUACACACACACACAUACACACACAUACACACACACACAUACACACACAUACACACACACACAUACACACACAUACACACACACACACACACAUACACACACACACACACACACACAUACACACACACACAUACACACACAUACA